AUGGAAGCUGACGAUUCUAGUUCAGACUCGUCAGAUUCUCAUGUGGAAUAUCAAUAUGAGACUCCUGAGGAUCAAAAUAUAGAAGAAUCGGAAGUCAUUGUUCCUAACGAGAUAGAACAGGAGCGAGAAGUCUGGAACGAAGUUCGUGAGAGUAUGUCCAAGCGAAUUGUCGAAUUAAAUGAAAAGGUAAGAAGUCUGGAGUACGAAUUACAAAAUCUAACUACCAAGCUGAAGGAGGAAAUUUCACUAAAAGAGUCAGCGGAGAAAGAACGAUCUGAAUUGCAAAUGUCUUUAGAAAGUGAAAAACGAAAUGUGGAAUGUCAGGUCGAGCAAAUCUUGCGCUUGAACGAAGAGGUAAUAAGCUCGAUGGAGGAAAAGAGAGAAUGUGAAACGAGAAUCCAAGAGUUAGAGGAGGAAGUUCAAAAGUUGGAAGAUGGAAUGGACGACCCAAAGAAUUACUACAAAUUGGAAUAUGGCAAAAUUCUUCAAGAAAAGUUGUCAAAUGACGAGCUGUACCAAUUAAAGUGUCAAGAAUUGAAGGAAUUAAAGGAUGUACUAAGUAGUAAACUGGAAUGUGUGUAA